CAUUUUAAUGAAUGAUUAUAUUAGUUUAAUCUGUUAUUAGACAAAAAAAAAACAUACAGAUUAGAUAGAAUAAAAGAAAAUAUAAUUGUCAACUACUUUAUCUUAGGCAAUGAAAGAUUGAUUGGUUGGUUAGCUGAAUUAGCUAAUCAUACACAUCAAUAUUAUAAUGAUUCCGAUCCAACAUCUGGUCCAACAAAAACAUCAAAAUAUAUAACAGCACUUUAUUUUACUUUUUCUUCUUUGACAUCAGUCGGUUUUGGCAACGUGAGUCCAAAUACGAAUAGUGAAAAGGGUUUUUCAAUAAUAAUCAUGCUCCUUAUUGUUUUAGGAUCACGCAUAACAUGGCUUGAUGAACUAGCACGUAUAUCUGGUCAACCAUAUAAUUGUUCAUCAAUAUUAAAUUAUAAUAGAACAAAUUUAACUAUAGAAAUAUGUCAUGGUGGACCUAGUCUUCGUUCACAAUAUGUCACUGCUCUUUAUUUUACUUUUUCAUCUCUAACAACAGUUGGAUUUGGCAAUGUUAGUCCUAAUACAGAUUCGGAAAAGAUUUUUUCCGUUUGUAUUAUGUUAAUCGGAUCUUUAAUGUAUGCUAGUAUAUUUGGUAAUGUUAGUGCUAUUAUUCAACGACUUUAUUCUGGUACAGCUCGUUAUCAAAUACAGAUGUUGAGAGUAAAAGAAUUUAUUCGUUUUCAUCAAAUUCCCAAUCCAUUACGACAACGAUUAGAAGAUUAUUUUAAUCAUGCAUGGAAUUAUACGAAUGGUAUUGACAUGAAUAUGGUGCUUAAAGGUUUUCCUGAAUGUUUACAAGCUGAUAUUUGUCUUCAUUUAAAUAGUCAAUUACUUAAAAAUUGUCCUGCAUUUAAAGAUGCUAGUGAAGGUUGUUUACGAACAUUUUCAAUGAAAUUUAAAACAACACAUGCACCACCAGGUGAUAUAAUAACACAUCGUGGAGAUAUAUUAACAUCAUUAUAUUUUAUUUCACGUGGUUCAAUUGAAAUAUUACAAGAUGAUAAUGUUAUUGCUAUUCUAAGUAAAGAUGAUAUUCUUGGCGAAAAUCCUGUAUUAUAUAGUGAACCAGGAAAAUCUGCAUAUAAUGUUCGUGCAUUAACAUAUUGUGAUUUACAUAAAAUUUUACGAGAUGAUUUACUUGAAGUUAUUGAUAUGUAUCCUGAAUUUGCACAAAGUUUUUGUCAAAAUUUAAAAAUAACAUUAACAUUACGAGAUGAAGAUCUUGUUGCAAAAUCAAAUGAAUGUCGAUCAAAAUAUCUUCCAAAUCAAAAAAAAUAUCGAGGAGGUAGUAAUCGAACAGAUGAUGAUAAUAUAUCACUAAUAGGUCCACAAUUCGAUGAAUAUCCUAGUGGAGCAGGAUGUUAA